UUCGUUGCUUCUCCUCUCCGAUUCUCUCUUGCUUUCCUUCCCUUUCCCUGUCGCGAGCUUACGCGUCGUUGUCCCGCGGGGGCGGAGAGAGAAAUCCCCACUCUCACUCCAUCCACCUAGUCUAAUCCAGCUUGCUGCCGCUGCUGCUGUUGCUGCUGCGUCACCUCAGUACCUCACCUCAUCUCAUCCAUCGUUUGCUCCGUUUCUGUGGGAUUUCCACCGGCUGAUUCUCUCGCCCUCCUCCCAUAAAGCGACCGGUGGUUCGCACCGGACGGAUGCCCCAAUCUUUGCAUCGAGGGGCAACGAAGCGAGGUCACGGAUGCGGGCGAUGCCACCGCCGUCUUCUUGUCCCUAGAUCCAUCAAGUGACCAGUUCUCUGAUCAGUGAGAAUAAUGGCCGCUGCUGAAGCAAGGGCUGCUUGGCAGCGUGCUGCAAACCGUUGCAUCGUUCAGGAGGAUAGAAAAAGAGCACCAAAACUAGCCUGCUGUCCACCAUCAUCAGAACAGCAGCAUGUCAAAAGCAAUGGAAAUUGUAGGAAUUCUGAAGACCGCCCUGUGCCCAAUUUCAUGCCAUUGAGCUGGAAUCCCAUGAACUCCAGUCUGCCACCUGAUAUUAGAUGGUGGCUUCAGUUACAACCAAAUUUAGGAGGGCAGAAGAAUCUUGCAGGUGAGCACCUAUAUUUUCUGGGAAGAGAGAUCAGUGAUAAGGAAGUGGAGGAUUCAGCACAAAAGAAUAUACACGACGAACCAUUAUUUUGUGAAAUGUUCGACACCAAUCCUGAGAAGAUUGAGGAUGUUUUUGAGCCUUCGUGGAUGGUUUCCACAGCUUCCAUGAAGUAUUCUUCUGAAACAGGCUUACAAGACUUGAAAAAUAUAGGUGGCUAUUCCCAAGUUCCUUCGAAGUGCAAAGAAAAUGCCAGUGACUGUUUGUUCAAUGAUAAAGAAUUCCUGGAUUUCAAAAAUUUUAACCCACCACCGUCGAAGAACCCACAGAAGGACGAUUUUGAUAUGAAUGCGCCUUGGAAAGGAGGUGAAAGGAGUCAACCAUGGUGGCAGAUCACUGAUGAGAAUGAGCUGGCUUUACUGGUUGCAGAAAGAGCAAUGCAGCAUAUUGAGAAUUGCGAUUUACCAAGACCUACCCAGAUAGUUCGUGUUCAGGGUACUGAAUCACGCAGUCAUGAAAAUAUGGGUAGGUACAGGGGGUCAUCAGGUCCAGCAGGUACAAUGUCAUAUCCUGAUACUGGACAAUGUGAACAUAUUGAAUGCAGUUACAGCACAGCAAGCACAGAUGAGGUGGAUUUAACCAGUGAUGGAGUUUGGCAACAGCAGGAAAGAAAUGUUGCACGCAGUGAUGCACAAGAUUUUUCUAGGGGCAUCAAUACAGAACCACGAGGCAAGCGAACAUACCAGAAUCCUGCAGAGCAAGCUCAACUUUUGGAGGCACUUUGUCACUCGCAAACACGGGCGAGGGAAGCUGAGAUGGCUGGGAAGAAAGCACAAAGUGAAAAAGACGAUGUCAUCAAGCUAUUUUUCAGACAGGCCUCGCAUCUCUUUGCGUGCAAACAAUGGCUGAAAAUGUUACAGUUGGAGAACAUCUGCCUCCAGCUUAAACACAGAGAGCAUCAGAUAGCAACCAUGAUACCUGAUAUUCCAUGGAUUACACUAAAGAAAAGGACUACACCAGAUCAUGAGAAAGAAGAUUGGACAAGGAAGAAAGGCAGAAGGCAUAAAAAUGCAGGGAGUUUCUGUGACGCGCUCUUAUUUGCCGUUGGUUUAGGUCUUGCAGGUGCAGGGCUGCUUCUUGGCUGGACAUUUGGGUGGCUUCUGGCCAAGUUCUGAAGUUGCCCAUAGUUUUCAACUGAGACUAGCUUAGCUAGCUAGGCAUGUAUUUUGCUGUGCGCCUGUAUGUGAUGAUUCAUAGAUGAAAUCUCCAGGUAUACUCUCCAUAUUGGAGUGAGAUGGCGAAAUUUUAGACCCAAGAAUAUGUUCGUUUGGAAGCUCUGCUAGUUAGAAGACACGAAUGUAUAGGGAGCAUUUGUUGCAAAUUUGCAAUUUGUAAAUAUGGGAGGAGGACGUCUGUGAAUGCUUGUACAUACUGAUCAGUAGAGAAAAAAUGUCAUCGGACUUCUUCAACAGUACUCCCUCCGUCCCAAAAAGAAUUAAGAGGGGAUAAGAAUUAAGAGGGGAUGUGAUCUCUCCUAGGUUGAUCUCCAGGUUGAUGUAUGUGUUUUUGGGACGGAGGGAGUAUCUCCACCUGUACCUAUUAUUUGGAAAAUUAGCAGCGUUACUGCAGAUUGUGUUUUUCAAAACAGGGAACUACCAAGCGGCAGUUCUGUCUGUUUUUCAGUGAAUUGCAGGUUAUGUGUUUUUCAGUGCAA